ACGUCCUUGACCUACUGCUAUCGGUCAAUAGCGACGUCUGUAAAUGAGCUUGUUACUCACCAUUUUGGUGAUAUCCAAGAGGCACCAACAGAUCACAUGAUCCUAUCCGGCGCCUGCGCCGCCUUGGCAACCAUCAACAUCCUCGUCCUCAUGUUUCGCCACGCAACCCAUUUCAGUUUCAGUCGAUCAAAAGAACAGGCGGAGUCGGUUUCUUUCCUUCGUUCCACCACCUGCCGAAUACUAACAACAAGAUCUAGAACAUUGAAGAUAUGUGCCUUCAUCCCCAUCUACUCCAUUGGCUCCUGGAUUUGCAUCUCUGCACCUGAGGCGCACGUCUACCGCCAACCCUGGCUCGACACCGCGCAAGCCUUCGCCCUGUCCUAUUUCUUGCUGCUGUUCUGCCACCUCCUCGCGAAUCCCUCCAACAAACAAUGAGACACCUUCGCGCCCAUGAUCAGCCGCCAGAAGGAGCUAGGCGAGUCGGUGAGCAAAGCCGUCCCCCCUGGAGCAAGGCGUGGAUAUUCAUUUUUCAGUAUCCCAUU